AUGGCGCCCGUCACAACAGUUCCACAUAAGUCUGGUGGCCAUCAGCGAUACACGGUCAAAACGAACGGCGCGGAAAAGCAUCAGGCGGAUCUCGAGGCCGGAAACAGCGAUGCAGAGGCAGGCGCACUGCAGCAGGUCGAGGAAGCACAGGAUGAUUUCGAAGGUUUCGGUACAGAUGAUGAGGAGCACGUGAAUGGCGAGGCUCAGCAAGAGAGCGAUUCAGACAGCAUGGACAUUCAGCUGGAACAGAAGCCAAAAGAAAAGCCUGUUUUGCCCAAAGACGCCGAAGAAGAAGAGCUUGAGCGCAUGAUUUUUGGCGACUCGGACGGGUUUAGAGAAGGCUUAGAGAAGUUCUCGCUCGAUCCUACGUCCGGCGCAUAUGGCGAUGUAUCAGAAGACUCCGGAGCUGAAGAACUCGAUAAUGUGGCGGAUCAAGACAUAUUCUUCUUCGAUUCAGGUCCAGUUGCUGCGCCCGCAGGCUCUGUGGCUGCCGUCAAGGCGACUGAAUCAGAUGAUGAAGACAGCAAACCCGCUUGGGAAGACAGCGAUGACGAGAGGCUCGUGGUCAGCUUGGCUUCGGUGCCUCAAUUGAAAAAACUACGCGAAACGACAGAUGACGACAUGGUUAACGGCAAGGAAUACGCGCGAAGACUGCGAAAGCAGUACGAGAGGCUAUACCCGACGCCGGACUGGGCGGUACAUGCGACAGGCAUGACAAACAAGAAGCGACGACGAACAAUGAAUGAGGAUGAAAGCGAUGAUGAGUCCGCGAGCGAUAUGGAUGUAGAUGAGGACUUGUCUACUCAACCGCUUGCCAGACUUCUCAAGGAUGCGGAUAUCCUGUCCCGUACCUCCAGAGGCACAGCGAAGCGGAGGAAGCUCCAGGCAGGCUCCAUCAACAUCCAGCGACUCAAGGACGUCGCGAAAGCUGGGCCAUCGGCUAUUACCUCUCUAUCCUUUCAUCCAACCUACCCGCUACUCCUCUCCUCCGGCCCCAGCUCCACGCUGUAUCUUCAUCAUGUCAACCCUAACCCGCCGAACCCAAACCCUCUUCUUACUUCACUGCAUAUCAAGCGCACUCCUCUCAUCACAACCGCUUUCCAUCCCUCUGCAUCUGACUCGCGCAUUUUCCUCGGCGCUCGACGCCGCUACUUCCAUGUCUGGAAUAUCACAACGGGCAGAGUAGAGAAGGUUGCGCGUGUAUAUGGUCAUCAACACGAACAACGGACAAUGGAGUAUUUCUCACUAUCACCAAACGGUAGUUACAUGGCCCUUCGUGGGUCUUCUAGAAAAGGUGGCGGAGUGAUCAACAUAUUGGAUGCCAAAACGCUGCAGUGGACGUCACAGGUCCGGAUCGAGUCGAGAGGCGGUGUGGCAGACUUUGCGUGGUGGGGUGACGGGAAAGGUAUGAGCAUUGUGGGCAAGAACGGAGAAGUCACCGAGUGGAGUAUCGAAGACGGUAUCGUGGGAAGAUGGACUGAUGAUGGCGCCGUUGGCACUACCGUCAUCGCGCUUGGUGGCAGGAGUGGGCGUGAGAACUGGAUAGGUGGCGAUCGAUGGGUGGCUAUCGGGAGCUCAAGCGGUGUGGUCAACGUCUAUGAUCGCAGGGCAUGCUUGCCAUUCUCAAGUGCAAGCCACGGGUCCAUCGACGUUAAUCGAGGCCAAGUCUCGCAAGACGUUCGUACGGUCGGCCCCUCCAAAGACAAGCAAUACGCCAUCCACAUCAGCUCCUUCUGCGUCUGGCAUUUCGCUUGA